AAAAUGGCCGUGUUUAUAGCCACAUACUCGUUACAACUGUAGUAAAGGUGACUUUCGAAUAUGUGAAUUUUUUUAAUUCUUAAACAUGUAUCAUUAGACUUAAUAAGAUCAAUGAAUAGAUUAACAUAUUUCUGAUUCACAUUCAAUACGGCGCCAUUUUCCAUUGGAGUAGUAUUUGGUGAUUUUCAUUCGGAGUAAGAAUUUUGCUGGAAACUGUAAAAAUAUGGCACAGGACAAAUUGAGGAUUUUCUCGCUCACUUUUGUUUGUUUUCAAUUAACGUUGUUAAGGAGUGGAGGUACCUACCCCGACUGUGGCUCGCCGAGUAUGGGUGUCGGGUACGGCUUGGUUGAGGGUGGGAGAUACAGCUACAUGUGUUCUGGGGACAAUUCACAAAGCAACGUGCGCUGGAUCCUGGUGCGGCCUACAGGGGAGAGAAGCUACUACAAGCCCUGCACGGACUACGACACGUCACAGUGUGGAGGGGAGAUCCACGCUGAGAUAAACGAGACAGAAUCCCACUUCGACAGCUGGCUGGUGUUCGAGAACAUGGCACCACGCUACUCACACUGGCAGGUGCAGUGUGUGCUCAGCUUUAUCAAGUCAGGCAGGCAGGAAGUCGUUUGCGUGUCGCGGGUAGGUGAGGUACAACGGCAGCCUCAGUCCGGAUGCUCAAUGGAGAUUCUAGGAUACGGGGGCGUCAACCUAACUUGCUGGGUUUUGCAGUCUAUCAAGGAAUGUAGAGUCAAGUAUAAAAACAAUAACUGGAUAAACAACGCCGAAACGAAAAAUGUAAUUGGGUUUGUUUACAGGAAUAUUUCACUCCUAAAUUCGACCUGUAAUACGGUGUUAAAAAAUCUCACGGUUGGGAUCCAAUCUAUAUACGCUGAGAUAAUUACAUUACAAUUUAAUAUAACUCAUAACAAAACAUUCGAAGUGAUGCCCCCUUUAUACAUCUCUCUUAAUGUGAUGCAGAGGAAUUGUACGGACAGAAACGAUAGCUUCUCAGUCGUGAUGGUUUGUAAAACACACGGGUUCAAAACCAAACCAGACUUAGUCUGGUUUUUAAAUGGCGAUAUGGUUAAAGAAGGUAAGUAUGACGUCAAACAAAAUGAUGGAUUAGCGGAUGUGACGUCAGCUUUUAAAUUUUUCAUCGACCGAACUAAAGGAAACACCAUGGCAGAAGUCAAAUGUCUGGUUGGAAAGAAUUCGAUCGAGGAGUCAAUGAGAGUCAGUGUACCUGCGUCACCCAAGUAUAGAAACGCGAGGAAUUCUGUCAUAAAUGACGUUUUAAACCUAAUGUAUGGGGAGGUAACCACCGUGACAUGUAUGGGAGAUAACCCUACCAUCACUACACUACAAGUCAUCUGCUGGUCGAGUGACGCCCUUAUUCUCAGCUCAUCCUCCGGGUUCAGCUCAAUUGCGGUACCCGUCAACGGUUCGUUAAUUUUCAACGGCUCCACCUGCACAUGUUCAGCAGGGUAUGCAUCAAUGUGCGUGUACCUAAACACAACACUGACCAUCAUGGUGUCUGCUGACCGAGUGUCUGGAACCACAAUGACCAGUUCCAGUGUCAGCAUGGACGCGUCAUUUGUUACAGUGGCCACGGUGCUCGGGAUCGUUCUCAUCAACGUCAUCUUGGUGCUCAUCUUUUCUCUGGUGGUUAGGAGGUUAACCAAGUACUCACGCGGGCGGGUCCAGGUGCACGUGAGCUCCUCCAGCCAUAUCUACGAGACGGUGGACGACCUUGACCGCAUGACGACGAGAGAGGUUGUGUUCACGCCGGCGUGUGCUAUGAGAGAGUCGUCUGCCAGACGAGGGCGGUCUGAUGUGGACGAGUCUGGGUACCUGGUUCCCAGAGUUCCCUCAAGGUCAAGUCGGGUCCCCCACGGGUCACUCACAGACCCCAACAGUUCUCUAACUCCAAAUACAUUUUUUAAUCAGAGGCCGCCUUUAGAUUACAGCUUCAAAGAAUCGGCCCAGGCUGGAUGGAGCAAGGAUUCGAUCCCACUAUCAGUUAGAUCAGACUUUUCCAAGGAUGACGUGUACAUAACGCCAUUGUCAGUCGUUACUGACAGCAGUAGUGACGGUAAGCAGACAUGGGGCUUUGCUAAAGGCCGCAAGUAUGACCCCGGGUCAGAUGGGUCUUCUGAUGAGGUGACAGUAAGGACUAGUGACUGGCCUCAACAAAUCGAGUUCUGAAGGAAAUAGCGGUAUGACUGUGUAUUUGACACUACACAAUUUAAGUCUGUAAAUAUGUAAAUGUGUAUACAUGUAAAUGUGUAAAUAUGUAAAUAUCAACAUCAUCGUCAGUGCUUGUGGAGCAAAGGGACGCAACCACACCUUUCCAUCCUACUCGGUUCAUGACGAUUCUCUAAAGUUGGACCCACGUCAUUCCGGCAGCUUCUGUUUCACUGACAACUGACAUUUUUCAUGGUUUUUGGCCUACCUACUUUCCAGUCUAGUGCCUGUCUACUGAUGUUGCUAAAAUGUAUAAAUAAGUAAACCAGAAUGUCAUCAAUAUUUUAUCAUAUUAUCCUAUGAAAUAAUUAAAGAGACUCCCCCUAGUGAUGACCAAAUUGCUUGUAUAUAAUGUAAACAAAUUAAGACAUUUAGAGUGGCUUCCCUGCAUAUGAGACAAAGCUAAUAAUAGCUCGGCAAGGGUAUUUCAUUUUGGAUUUUUCCAACCAAAAUAUUGAACAUAGAAGAAAGACAAUUUUUAAGAGGAAGAAGGACUUCAGAUAUUUAGUUCAAACUUGGGAGGACUAAACUCGGGUAAUUGGUCUGUUUAUAGUGUUGGCUGUCUGCAGUGUAUCGUUAAAAUAGUGUACUUGUGGCUCUAUAUGCUGAUAGCUGCUAUUGUGACGCCAUAUUA